AUGGCCACUGAUCAAAAAUACCCACUAGCACCAUCAAAUAUUAUGCCAAGAAGUGAUGCAGAAUUUGCUACAAAUAAUUUCCAAUCAAAUAAUCAAAGAAGGAAGAAAAAACUCAGAACUACUUUUCUUCUCACAAUUUUCCUUACUGGAAUUAUUCUUCUAUUUUGCUUCACAUUUCUUCGAAUUAAAUCGCCUAAAAUCAGGAUCGAGAAUAUCAGAAUAACGAACGAUGGUGAUGGAAGAAUUAAUUUCUCAGCGCAAGUUUUUUUAAGAAAUCGGAAUUUUUGGCGUUACGGUUAUGAUAGUACUUUAGGUACUAUUAAUACUGCAGAACGUACAACUAUUGGACAAUUUGUUAUUCCCGAUGGAGAAGUUCGACGUCGUUCGACGAAAAAAGUUUAUGUUAUGGCAAAUAUUAUUUUGCCUUCAAGUCUUAAUAAUACUUCUGGGAUUUUACCAGUGAUUAGUAAAGCUAAAAUGAGAGGGAAAGUGAAAGUGUUUAGAGUAUUUAGGUGGAAAAAAACUGUGGAUUUGAGUUGUACUAUGUCUAUUAAUUUGACAAUUAGUGCAAUUCAGGAUCUUGAUUGCCAGUGA